GAUCCGGUCACACUCACACACACAUUGCGGCUAUGAGUGGGCAUGUACAUGCGUGUGUGUUUAUGUGUGUUGUGAGGCACAUUCAGCAGACAGAAACACCGCACUGCCUCCAGCUUUCAGCGCUGCGAGGAGAACACACUCAUGUCUGGAGCUCGUGAAUAAAGCAGCCAUGGAGCAUCGAGGAGGCAAAACCAGCGACAAAGAGAAGCACGAUCCUGCUGCGCCUUCAUGGAGCCAAAAUGGCGGCCCGGAGGAAGAGUGUGGAUGCCCGGACGGUCCCGAUGAAGAGAAGCGGCUCAAGAGAGUCUCACGGGCCGCGAAACCAGCCGAAGAGCAGCCGCGACUGAACUUCCACAUCCCCCGGAAGAGCAGAGAAAAGAGAGCUCUGUUUCAGCACGUGUCCCUGGACUCCCGGGAGUUCUCCGAGAUCCAGCAGAUCCUCAGCUCCAGCUAUAAGGACAGCUCCUCCGCCGGGACGUUCCUGUACUCCAAGCCUCGCCUCGUGCACAGCGACCCUCUGGAGAAAGACUUCAUGGAGAAGCGGCGGGAGUUGAAGCUGGACGGGCGCACGGAGAAGGAGCUGUCUGAAUCCUUCUGCUUCCUCAUGUGUGACGCUCAGAAGGUCUCCGUGGUGUGUGAGAGAGGCCUGUCUGUGGGCAGCAGCUGGAUGAACAUGCUGGGGAAUCCAGCGAAAGGGGUUUACCUGUGUCAGUUUUCUGACCUGCUUCAGAUCAGCCCCAUCGAGCCUGGAUCCACGGGAAACAUCGUCAUCUUCAAAGUCAUAAAGGGUAAAGUCAAGAGUGUGCAUGACUGUAUGUCCAGAUGUAUAGAUCCCACUCCUAAGUUUGACAGCCACUUCUCCAAGAACUCGACGCGCGUGACGUCGCUGCUGGCGUACAGGUCGUUCGAGUACACUCAGCAAUACUUCUACGAGUACGUGGACUUCGAGAUCUCGUCCCGGCCGAGACACGUGUGUCCGUACGCUGUGGUCUCGUAUUACUUCAAGAGCAGAGAGACCUCCACGGCUGUGCCCAAACCCCUCGCUCCGCUCAGGACCAGCAGUCAGCCGUCAGGGACGAGCAGAGGCAGGCGCAGCUACACGGUGUGGCGCGGGCACUUCGUGAACCAGGGGAAAGACAUGUACCAGGCCUGCCUUCGCUCGCUCUCCCGGCCGUUCCUGCCAUUCAAACUGCCGGAGAAGAUCGAAGUGGGCACCGUGAUGCGUCUGCAGCAGGUGAAGCAGAAGAUGCCGUCCGCACUCUUCUCCUGGAGCAUCUACACCGGCAGCCACGAAGUGUGUAAGAGUGGCAUGUUCUGCAGUCUGUUUGACGUGGUGGAGAAGGACAAGUCCCCGAAGAGCUUGAGCGCUCUGCUGCAGACUCUGGAGGAGCAGGGGCUGGUGCUGGUGAACAUGGUGAAGGACCGAGGGUUCUUCUUCUUGCUCUCCGCCAGUCAAAUGGCCAACUCCAGCGAGCGACGAGGCGGCUGGAAGAUGUCGUGUAUACAAGCACUUUUCAUUUACCGAGAGAAGCGCGAGCUGUUAAAGAGCCCAGCGGCUCCCUGCCGGCCGGUGUCCUCCGAGCGCUGGGGUCCCGUCAUGCCCCAGCACGACUCGUUCGUGUCCGCUCUUCACCUGGCCCUGAGCAAGGCCCGCGCGGACCCCCCCGCCGACCCCAGCGCCUGCGUACAGCAGUCGGUGUGCGAGUACCUCACGCACCUGCGGCUGGGCAAGCCCGUGCAGCGCGUCCGCACCGACUACGACCCCAAGCUGGACGUGCGGGAGAAGCUGUUCCCCGCCCCCCGGCAGAAGCCCAGCCUGGAGCCCUUCCUGCGGCCCUACAUCUACAGCCCGGGCCUGUUCACGCUGGCCCUGCACGGCCUGAAGGCGACGGUGGAGGAGCUGGGCCACGCCGGCAGCGCUCAGGAGAACCCCGAGAGAGUGCAGGAGCUGCUGGAGCUCAUCCAGCUCAACAAGAAGAGCUCGCAGGGCGGCGCAGGGGCCGAGGCCGCGGAGAAGAGGAAGGGGGAGCUCCACGCUGCUGAGGGAGCCGCCAAACGCCAGAGGAGCAAGCCCAGCGACGAGCUCGCGGAAGCGGAUGAGCUGCAGUCCGCUCCUCAUCUCUCUGAUGUCGUGAGCAGCGUCGGCCUUCAGGACACAGACCUGAGGAAGGACAAGUCUCAGAGUGCGCUGAAGGUCAUGCAGAUGCUGGACAGCUUCGGGACGACCAGUCUCGACACAGACCUGCGUAAAGACAAGAGCCACGGGGCGCUGGAGGUCAUCAAGCUGAUCGACACCCUGACCAGAGGCUCCUCAGAGUCGCCCGCCGACUCCGAGCUGAAGGAGGCGGAGGACAUCUCUGACGCCGCGCUGUUCGACAGCAUGCUGAGACUCGGCCUCCCCACGGACCGGGACAUCGACCUGAGGAAGAGGUUCAUCCACGACGACGAGCCCGGGAGGACCGACGGCCUCGAGGAGGAGACGGCCGGGAGCCUGAGCAGUCUAGAAGCGUUCAGCCCGUGCUCAGACUCAGGCGGACAGCAGCGCGGCGUCAACCUGCUCGGAGAGAAGACCAUCCCGUGGGUGCUGAUACCCAUCACAGGUCUGAAAACGGAGAGAUAUUCCCAGAGACAGAUGGACCACCCUGAAGACCCCCGCUUCCUCCAGAGCCCGGUCGUGUCCACACACACCACGCCUGACAAGAAGGAGCUGUCGCCCGCCUACCAGCCCGACAGCAGCAACACCGCCGGCGAUCUGGAGGAUCCGGCCGACGCAGCGGAGGACGACGAGCCCGUUCCUGCGGCCGCGAGCACUGAGAGCCACGCUCCUGCUGACCCGCCCCCGGCGCCGGGGUCCAGAGCCGGCGUCGACCUCAUCGUGGACGAGCAGAUCUCCGGCUUCUCCAGUGAGGUCGAGCAGCUCCUGAGGAACAGACACAUUUAUUACGUGUCUUGUUUAAGCGCUCAGGGCUCGCGAGGACCGCCCAAGACUCCAGUUCUGCCUCUUUCUGAUUACAUCUCAAACUUCCACACACCCUUCCCUGUCACCAACUACAUCAGCUCUUUCCGGGACAGCCUGAAGGUGUUCAUAGACUCCCAGAGUGCCAGUGGAGCCCGCUCCGCUCAGGAACACGUGUCUUCGUCCACUUCUGCAACUGAAGUUACUUCAAAUGUCCCUGAUACGUCCUCCAGCAUUAAUCCUUGUGCUUCCUCGCCUUCGACCACCACUUUUGAGUCGUCUCUGAGACCGUGUUCCCCUUCUAGUGCCCUACCGGACUCAAUGACGCCACAUCACUCGAGUGAUGUCCACGAGCCUCCCCAAACGCUGUGGCCGCUAGAGCAGGACUCCGAGAGCCAGACCCGGGAAGCGAACAGCACCAGUGCUCUUCCUCAGGGCUCAGCGGAGAUGAACGGGGGUCCGGUGGCUGAGACUACGGAGACGGUGGAGGGCCAGAUGGCACACACACACGCUGAAGACGUCCCGAUGGCACACACACACACUGAAGACGUCCUGAUGGAAUACACACACGCUGAUGACGUCCCGAUGGCCCACACACUCACUGAAGACGUCCCGAUGGAGCACGCCCACUCACACACACACCCUGAAGAGGUCCCGAUGGAGCGCGCACACACACGCGCUGAAGACGUCCCGAUGGAGCGUGCGCUCAGCUCCAUCAUCCAUCAGCUGCAGCCGGAGGUCAUCAGUAACCUGGUGGAGAUCCUCAAAGGGGUGCAGAAGAACUCGGUUCACUUCUACAUCCAUUCCACCAACGAGGAGGAGGAGAGUGACGUCUGCUGGGAAAUAAAGGAAUAUUUGAAAAAGUUGGGGGAUUUGGAGUGUAACCCUCAGGGUUUCCUUGAGAAAAGCAAUAGUCAAGAUAAACUACUGGUCAUCAUCCCGAAUAUGGACAUCGCCACACAGGUGCACAAGAUCCCUUCUUUGGUUUCGCUGAAGAAGCAUCCGUCCGUGAGCUUUGCUGGCGUAGACAACCUGAGUGACAUCCAGAACCACACCUACAAUGAGCUCUUCCAGUCCGGGGGCUUCAUUGUGUCUGACGAGCACGUGUUGAACCCAGCCGUCAUCACCGCAGAGAAGCUUCGAGACAUCCUUGAGCACAUCGAGCGGCUGAACUCUCCUCAGAGCCCCUGGAGGUGGAGGAUACACUUCAAAUCACACAAGAAGCUCCGAGAGCACAGCAGGCUCAAAGGGGAUGCCUUGAACUUGUACGAGAUCCUCGCUGCUUAUGAGAAGAGGCAUAUUGUGGAGAUCCUGUCGUACCACGAGUGUGACGCUCCGUCACGAAGAGCACCGGACCUCGGCUGUCUAGUGGAUCUGCAGGCGAGAUUCAUCAAGCAGCGACACCUGAUAUUUCUUACAGGCUUCCAGUUCGAGAUGUUCCCCCUCUACUCGAGCAGUGGCAUCGUCAUUGCCAAUGUUGAUGACGUAAAGUUUGUAAUAAGCAGUUUAGCCAGUGGAGAGGCCGUGGCCAGCGUCCCGUCUGCGGAGACUUACCCCUGUCCUGAUCCAGCGUCAUUGAGAGAUGAUAGCAUGUCCAUGGACUCGGACCAGGACUCUUCAGAUAACAGUGUGUCGGUCACAGCUCAGUUGAGCCAUGUUGUUACAGACCAGCAGCCGUCCCUCGCGACGGAUCCGUUCCCCCCCGUCUCUGAACCCGCUCUUCAUCAACACCCAGCGAACACCGAAACCAGCGACACGCCGAAAGAGUUGGACUUUAAAGCUCUCAGCGAAGCAAUCUCUCAGUUCAAGGCUUCCAGGAUGCUUGCGAAGUGUGACGCCGGCGACGCUUUGGAAACGUCUUUUCGAGUGGAUCCCCACCAAAGCUUCCUCGGCCUCGGCGAUCUGUGCGAGUCUCCUCAGUUCUCCUCGGACACCCCCGGCCCGCCGGCGGCUCCCCCGAGCCGGACUGAACCCGCCGCCCCGACACCGCUCGCUGCGGCUCCAUCUCGUGUUGAAGCCAGCGGCGAUGUGGACCAUCGAGGAGGAUCGUUGUGUGUCCUCAGACCAGCCGCACCGAUCCCCGAGAACGAUAACCAAGAGCCUUGGGCGCAGACCAGCCCGAUCCCGGUCAUAGACACGCGGUCCGGCAUGACUGGGAGGAAAGCCGAGGGUGGUCAAGCGUCCAAUGGGAGCAGUGUUUUGGGGACCCCCCCGAGGAUCAGCACUGGCUCCUUUGACCAGUGCGGUUUCCUUCCCACGCCUAGAUAUGGCAUGGGCAGUUUUUACCCAGGACUGCAGGGUUCUGGCUUCAUGUCCGCCACACAUCGAGCCAUGGGUCUGAGCGGCCCGGGGUUCGCGUCUUACAGCGGUGCUGUUGGGCUCGGACACCCUCUUCUGAACUGCACGGUCUCCAACGGCCUGGGAGCGGUGGGACCUCCCGCCUGGAGAGGGUUCUUGCCCAAUAAUAGCGUUCCGAUGGCGUGGCACAGCUUGCCUCACGGGUCCUCAUCGCCGGCCCGCUUCGGCAGCGACGUCCAGCGGAUCCAGAGCGCCCCGUUCCUCCAGAACUGGCAGAGAGACGCGCACCGUCCCGACGGGGGAGGCUUCGGGGGCUGGUGA